AUGGAGCAGGGCGUUUUCGUCAACGGUGUCGAUCAGGGCACGUUCAAGGGCAUCCGCAUACCAGCCUACAACGGUCAGAAUGGCAAGGGAGGCUACAACAACGGACCAGUGAAGGACCUAGACUCCGUCGAUCUCCGCUGCAACGUCUUAGGCGACAUACAAGCUCACGACACCAUCAAGGUUGCACCUGGCGACAAUUUGACGUUUGACUGGUACGCAUAUGGGGACUCUCGUUUGCGCUACGAAGAUAUGUACUAA